AUGGCUCAACUGUUUAACAAUUCACGUUCUGACACCCUUUUCUUAGGUGGUGAAAAGAUCAGUGGUGAUGAUAUCCGUAAUCAAAAUGUGUUGGCUGCAAUGGCUGUCGCUAAUGUCGUCAAAUCAUCGUUAGGUCCAGUGGGUCUAGAUAAGAUGUUAGUUGAUGAUAUUGGUGACUUUACUGUUACUAAUGAUGGUGCAACAAUUUUAUCUCUGUUGGAUGUUCAACAUCCAGCUGGUAAGAUUUUAGUUGAAUUAGCACAACAACAAGAUCGUGAAAUUGGUGAUGGUACUACUAGUGUUGUGAUCGUUGCAUCCGAAUUAUUAAAGAGAGCCAAUGAAUUGGUUAAGAAUAAGAUCCAUCCAACUACGAUUAUAACGGGUUUUAGACUUGCUUUAAAAGAAGCUGUUCGUUUUAUUAAUGAAGUUUUAUCCUUAGAGGUUGAUUCCCUAGGUAAAGAAACAUUAAUUAAUAUUGCAAAGACAAGUAUGUCUUCAAAGAUUAUUGGUGCUGAUUCUGAUUUUUUCAGUAAAGUUGUUGUUGAUUCUUUAUUAGCUGUUAAGACAGCUAAUUCUAAAGGUGAAAUCAAGUAUCCUGUUAAAGCUGUUAAUAUUUUAAAGGCACAUGGUAAAUCAGCAAGAGAAUCUAUUUUAGUUCAAGGUUAUGCAUUAAAUUGUACUGUUGCCUCUCAAGCUAUGCCAAAAUCUGUUACAGGUGGUAAUGUUAAGAUUGCAUGUUUAGAUUUAAAUUUACAAAAAGCAAGAAUGGCAAUGGGUGUUCAAAUUAAUGUUGAUGAUCCAGAACAAUUAGAACAAAUUCGUAAACGUGAAGCUGGUAUGGUAUUGGAAAGAGUACGUAAAAUUAUUGAUGCAGGUGCGCAAGUUGUUUUAACUACUAAAGGUAUUGAUGAUUUAUGUUUGAAAGAAUUUGUUGAAGCAAAAAUUAUGGCAGUUAGACGUUGUAAAAAAGAAGAUUUACGUAAAAUUGCACGUGCUACUGGUGCAACAUUAGUUGGUGAUAUGUCAAAUCUUGAAGGUGAAGAAACUUUUGAACCAAGUUAUUUAGGUACAUGUCAAGAAGUUAUUCAAGCUAAAUAUUCUGAUGAUGAAUGUAUUUUAAUUAAAGGCACAUCGAAGCAUUCUUCAUCAUCAGUUAUAUUACGUGGACCAAACGAUUAUUCAUUAGAUGAAAUGGAACGUUCUUUACACGAUUCACUCUGUGUAGUGAAAAGAACAUUGGAAUCUGGUCGUGUUGUACCAGGUGGUGGUUGUGUUGAGACUGCAUUAAACAUAUAUUUGGAUAGUUUUGCCACAACAGUUGGAUCUCGUGAACAAUUAGCCAUUGCAGAAUUUGCAGCAGCUCUAUUAAUUAUUCCAAAGACUUUAGCAGUUAAUGCCGCUAAGGAUUCAAGUGAAUUGAUUGCAAAAUUAAGAUCAUAUCAUGCAGCAAGUCAAUUAGCUAAACCUGAAGAUAUCAAACGUAAAAGUUAUCAAAAUUAUGGUUUAGAUUUAAUUAGAGGUAAGAUUGUUGAUGAAGUAGCAGCUGGUGUACUUGAACCAACUUUAAGUAAGAUUAAAUCUUUAAAAUCUGCAUUGGAAGCAUGUAUUGCUAUCCUUAGAAUUGAUACUAUGAUAAAUGUUGAUCCUGAACCACCAAAGGAAGAUCCACACGCUCAUUAG